AACAUAUUACAACUCUUGCCAUGCUAAGAAUAUCAAAGACUUUGUUUUCAAAUCUUAACAAUAUCAAUCGAUUCGCUUAUCAUACCAUAAGUGACCAAAUAUAACUUACAGAUUUUUGUAUUAAGGUAUUUUAGAUUAAUAAGGAAGGAAAUUUAAAGAAAAUAAACAACCAAGUUUAGGAACAAAUUCUUAAGAUUAGGAGUUGAUGGAGCAUGUAACAUCUUAUCAUAUAUAAUGUAGAGGGAUGUUCAGGGUUUAAAUACUCUUUUAAUUUUGAUGAUUAAAUUUUAGAUGAUGAUUAUGUUCUGAAACUAUAAAACGAAAUUAUAUUUGUUGUUGAUGAAAUAACACUCAAAUUUGUUAAUGGAUGUGUCAUUGACUACGAAGAUAAGAUGAUCAGAGCAGCAUUUUAUGUAAAUUAAAUAUUUAAUCAUAUUAGGUCUAAGAAAAUCCGAAUGCAGAAAAGUCAUGCAGUUGUAAAGCAUCAUUUGCUCCAAAACCUGAGUUAUUAUGACCAUCAUAUAAUU